GCCCGUCGCCUCAGUGGGCGUUCUGCCGGGAACUUUCCGCAACUUCUCAGACCUGAUGCUUGAGCGCCGCAACAUCAGUAUUCUGAUCAUCUAUCUUCGACGGUGAUGCUUUUAAAUUCAAUGGCUGCUCCUCAUUUAUAGUGCCGCAACAUUGCUGAAACUGACAUCGUGAACGGUCGUCACGAUGUUGACUCCCUUCAUAUUGGUGCUCGUGGCUGCCUCAGUAGCGGCCCUUGCUCUUCGCCGUGUCCUGACCUGCUCUUUGCUCCAGAGGCUGCCACUUCCUCCGGGGCCAAAGCCUCUGCCAUUUGUCGGAAACUUGUUCCAGAUACCAUCGGAGGGGAGAAUUAAGCAAUUCACGCAAUGGAGACAGACAUAUGGGGAUGUUGUGUAUUUCCAUGCCUGCGGAAGAGAAUUCGUCGUUCUCAAUUCGGCCUCCGCGGCGAUAGACUUGCUAGACAAACGGGGCACACUCUAUAGUGACCGGCCAUACUCAACCAUGGCGUCUAUCUUAGUCGGCCGCUGGAAGUCACUCCUACAAUUGCGCUACGGCGAGCGCUUCCGCAUCAGUCGGAAACACAUGCGCAACGCGCUGAAUGCGCGAACGAUCGCCGAAUCGUUGGGCUUCCAGGAAGACGAGUCUGUGAGACUGUUGCAAGCCUUGCUGGUCACACCCGAACAGUUUCCAGCGCACAUUCGAAGAAACGUUGGUGCAGUCAGCCUCAAUCUGACAUACGGGUAUCGGCUGUAUGAGGGCGAUGGAUACCUGCUGACACUCGCAGAGGAGUUUUCCCGGACUACCGGCGAUGCGCUGGCAUCAGGGAGGUGGCUCGUGGAUAUUUUUCCCUGGCUGAGAUACGUCCCGUCAUGGAUGCCUGGGGCGCAUUUCAAGCGAUGGGCGCAGUGGGCCCAUCGCCGCUGCGAGGAGCUCGUCGACGCGCCGUAUGACUACGUCAAGACAAGAAUCGCAGAAGGCAAUGCUACCUCGUGUUUCACCUCUCGUGCGUUGGAAGCGCUUCGGAAGGAGACACGGAAGACUCCGACGCUCGAAGACGAAGACAUCAUCAAGAACGUUGCAACAAGUUUGUACACCGCUGGCACUGAUACGGUCAGCAAUCCUGGAUCUGCUUGUAAGAUGGCACAUAUCGCCGUUUGCCAGACGGUAGCGAUGUUAUCUUCGUUCAUUCUCAUGAUGGUCUGCCACCCGGACAUUCAGAGAAAGGCCCAAGCCGAGAUCGAUAAAGUCACCGGUGGCACGCGACUUCCCACUCACGCGGACCAGGACAAGCUGCCCUACAUGGAAUGUGUUAUCAAAGAGCUUCACCGUUACAACCCAGUUGCUCCCUUCGUCCCUCAUAGCGUGAUGCAGGACGACGAAUACCGCGGAUUCAGGAUCCCUAAAGGCGCGUGGGUGGGAGCAAAUACAUGGGCUAUACUGCGCGACCCUGAGAUUUAUUCAGAGCCCGAGCGGUUCAAUCCCGAUCGUUUGAUGAAUGAUGAGAAGCACACACCUCAGCGGGAUCCGCGAGAGUUCUCGUUCGGACUCGGCAGGCAUCGUUGCCCUGGCGUGAUGCUAGCAGCAUCCACGUUGUUUAUCGUCGUCUCACGGACUCUUGCCGUCUUUGAUAUUCUCAAACCGGUCGAUGAGCUUGGACAAGAGUACAUGCCUUCCAUGGAAUUCACAUCGGACAACAUAGUAUACCCCAAACCAUUCAAAUGCAGAAUUCUCCCACGCUCUACCGAGGCUAUUGCUAUUAUCCAGCACCACAGCUAAUCUGUCUUGGAUACGCCAGCUAUAUCGAAUAUAGCUGUUGUUUCGAAAGCUAUCGCGUCUACUUCAAUUGCAACGGCAGAAACCAGGCUAGCUGAGGCUCGCCGGAAAAUGCGAUGAUUCAACAAUAUCAAAGUGGUGUUAAGGCGAUUGCAGAGUAGGAAUGUCCAGAGUUCCGGCGCGUUAGCGAACGUUCGACGCAUGAUUUAAUACCUACUAGUACCUAGCAGAAUCAUCCUUGAAUUCAGAACCAUCCCUCAAAGUCAACCUAUGCUCUUGCGAUGGCGUGCGAUUUGUUUAUGACCAGUCACCAUGAUUAUCCAGUCGAUAUAGUUCC